UAUUGUUAUGAUUUUUUACAUUUUACAUAUUGCAAUAAAUAAAAAUUUGAGUUUAAGAUUAUUGAGAUUUUGUAACUUUUACAGUUAAUUUCUAUCAAAAACAUUUGUGUGAUAUUUGAAUUUUUGAAAACAUUAAGCUUUUUAUUUUUAAUAAUUACAUCACUUACCUGCAUAUCGUAUCAAAGGACAAUACAUUAAACAUGGAGGAUUUAAGAAGAUAUUUAUACCAAACCUUAACUAAGGUUGAAGGUCUUAACUCAAUUCUGAUAUCUGAUCAUGAUGGUGUAAUUGUUUUAAAAGCUCAUGCCAAUAAAUCAUCUGAACAAAAUUCAAAUUAUAAACAUUCGUUUAUAUCAGAAUUUAAUUCUGCAUCAGAACAAGCAGGAAAAUUAGAACUUGGAAAAAACAAAACAGUGAUUUGUUUUUAUACAAAUAACCAAGUAGUCCAGUUAAAUUGCUCAAGAUUCUUAAUUACAUUUGUGGCUUCUGAAAAAGCAAAUACUGGUAAUAUAUUAGGGCUAGAAAAAGUACUAGAGCCAUUACUAAAGGAUUUACAAGCUAUACAGUUUCCUUGAUUGUUUUAUUAUUAUUAUUAUUACAUUAACAUUAUAUUAAGUAUAUAAUAUGAUGAAUCUUUCCUUUCAUAUUAAUAAUUAUUAUUUUUUUUUAUUUGAUAUUUUCACUCUGCACUUUCAAGAAGUUAAAUGAUGAUUGUGUAUUUGUUAUUGUUAUUCUUACAAAUUAAUAAAAUAUAAACAAAUUUACUUUGAUAGUUAUAUUUGUAAACAAUAAUUGUAAUUGUUUUUAUAAAAUAUUAUUUAGUACAAGAAAAUAUAAAAUUUCCAUGUAUUUGAAAUAUUAUGUUAAACUAGUUUUUAUUUUAGUUUAGAUUAGCUUUUCUAAACUCUUAAUUAAUUUUUACUUAAUACUUUAAACUUUUUUUACUAAUUUAGCCAUAUACUUAUAAGUUAUAACCUAUCUCAGUGGUGUGUUUACAGGGUAGGUCUACUAGGCCUGGGCCUACCCAAUUUUUAUUUGACUGUUAGAUUUUUUUUUUUUAUCACAAGUAAAAAUGUUAUUAUUAUUAUUA